GUGAUGAGCAGAGGCACCAAAUUGCGGAGCUGCGCCUUGUACUCAGACUCGUAACACAGUUACUUUAGGUUUACGUAAGCGUGCUUGUGCUGCCUUGGAGAGAACAAAAAAAAGUCGGAGAACUUAGAGAGAAGUCCGCUGCUGUAAUUAGAUCCCCCUAAUCAGCAGAAUUGACAGCAGGUGUGAAUUCAUGUCUGUAUUUUCCCCGCAGAUAUACUGCCCAGUGUUUGUACCCGGCCGAGAUAUGACUGAGGUGAUGAUCAACAGCACCCCCAUGGAGGACAUGAGGCUCAGCCCCAGCAAGGACAGACUCUCCUUCCAGAUCUUCCCAGACCCCUCUGACUUUGACCGUUGCUGUAAGCUCAAAGAUCGUCUGCCAUCCAUCGUGGUUGAGCCGACAGAGGGAGAAGUCGAGAGCGGGGAGCUUCGCUGGCCUCCAGAGGAGUUUCUGGUCAGUGAGGAGGAGGAGGAAGAAGAAGAGCAGAAAAAUGGCAGCAUCCAAAACGGACAGCCAGCACAGAAUUCUCAGCACUAAAGUCUGUGAUGUAGCACCCAUACUCCCUUGUUUCCUCUUUCUCUCUGAUGGACUCUCCGCUUCCCACACUGGUUACACUGCACCUCAGCACUGGCAGACACGCAUUCAGUGUCCCUUGAUGCCGUCUUGUUGCCCUUAACAUCAAAGCAAUACACACAGGCAACACACUUUCUCACACAAUAAUUGAUCCACCUGGACUGCAAACCUGCCAAAUCCCACUUGAAAAGAACAGACGCACACACACCUGCAACCUCCACUCAUUUCCUUCCAUGCCUACCACCGUGUGUGUCUCGGCCUAGACCGGAUGUCCUGUUGGACAGUGGCAGUUCAGUGCUCCAUGGACAGCUCUUAAACUGCAGGAGGCCAACACUCUGCUCUGUACUUUACUCCAAAAUGGCUGGCGUCAUGACCCCAGAGACUUUGUACUCUCAUACAGAACUACUGUGGUGCCCUUGGGGAUUAUCGCCUACAGUAACACUGUCCAUACUUGUGCUCGGUUUCUGGAUUUAUGUUUAUUAUUGUGAUCGCCACUGCUGUCUAUAGAUGUCCGUUUCUGAGAAGUGAAUGUUUUGUGAUUUGUCUGUUUUUGAGAAGUGGGUGUUUUGUGUAAAAUGUUACCAGGAUCCCAACCCUGUUGUCUAAAAGAUGAUUUGACUUUUAUGUCAGGCAUUCAGUUAAAAGGCAACCUGGAAUCAUUCUAGAGAAAUAAACCAGCAUGUCCUGCUAUGCUUGUACAUGCAUUCAUUGUACAAAGGCUUGUUGUCCAGUGAGGGCAACGUGAUGUGAUCCUCAUCACAUUGACCUCCUGUGAGCCGUGUGACAAAACUACUUGGUUGACAAAGCAAAAUAGUCCAACAUUGAGAACCUAAUCUGACAAAAGCAGGUUUACUGUUCCAUUGGGAAAAGCUGAGUUAAGGACUGCAAAUUGUAUUUUUUUGAAAAAGCAGUUGAUGAAGCAAUGUACAGACCCAACGAAGGAUGUGUAAAUACUUGUUCCCAAUGAGCCGACCCCUGAGGCCUUCUAGUGCGCUGAUCUCGUGUGUACUAUGGGUUUGGUUUACUUUUUAGAGACAGUGGGAACUAAGUCUUUCCUCGUCUUCCUUUUCUUUUUGAAAACGGCCAUAAUUUUGACACAAAUAAGGUUAUAUCUGACAGUAUUAAAAAAAUACUCUUUCAUAAUAAAAUUAGUCGGGACAUUUGCCAUAAGCUGUUUAUUAGAAAUUGUAUUCGUUCUCUGGUAGCAAUGUCUGUUUGAUUUGUUUGUUUGCAAUUUCAGAAGUCGGUGUUCUUUUGUUCACGCUUUAAAUCGUCUUGUCAGUCUUUGUAGAAAAUAUUUCCCUUUUGUGUACACGAUAUGAAAUCCUGUUGUACAAGCUUGAUUGAGAUGUCUGUUUGUUUUUGUAAAUUCUCAUUUGAGUGGCAUUAGGGCUGUGUACAGAACAUCUCUCUUUCUCCUGUCCCACAUUGUUUUUGUAAAGCUCAGGGAGAUUAGCCGCCAUCUUUCUCUUGUUUUUUGUAUUUAGACCACUUUUCUCUGACUAUUGCAGAGGCUGUAAAUAAACAUUUGAAUUUGCUAUCCAA